CUCAUCUUUCUCCUCACGCCAGGCCAUGCUCCCCACUUCAUACAGCAACCGGAGGACCUAGAAGUUGUCCUGGGGGAGGAGGCAACGCUCCCCUGUGCUCUCAGCGGCUACCAUGGCUUGGUUCAAUGGACAAAGGAUGGAUUAGCACUAGGUGGUGAACGGGAUCUGCCUGGGUGGUCCCGUUAUUGGAUAGCGGGAGACAGGGCCAGUGGCCACCAUGAUCUGCACAUUGGGGCAGCAGAACUUGGGGAUGAAGCGUCCUAUGAGUGUCAGGCUACCCAGGCUGCCCUUCGAUCCCGGCCUGCUCAGCUCCAAGUACUGGUUCCCCCACAAGCACCUGAGGUGCUAGGAGCCCCAACUGUGGCUCUGGUUGCUGGGGUUCCUGGGAACCUGACCUGUCGGACCCGAGGUGGAGCCCGCCCCAUUCCUGAGCUGCUCUGGUUUCGGGAUGGUGUCCGUCUGGAGGGAGCCAGUUACAGCCAGACCCUGCUGGCCAGUGGGAUUCUGGGAACAGCUGAGAGCUCCCUCUCAAUCACCCCCUCUGCCCAGGAUGAUGGUGCCUCCUUCAUCUGCCAGGCCCGAAGCCCAGCCCUGCCCAGGGGUAAAGACACUGAGGUCACCCUCAGCCUGCAGUAUCCUCCUGUGGUGACUCUGUCUUCGGAGCCACAGACAGUGCCUGAGGGUGGGAAGGUCACAUUUCUGUGCAGAGCAACAGCCCAUCCCCCAAUCACUGGCUACAGGUGGGCAAAAGGGGGAUCUGUGCUUCCUGGAGCUCGUGGGCCCCUUUUAGAGGCAAAAGCUGAUGCUUCCUUCCUGACUGAACCCGUGUCCUGUGAGGUGACCAACGCUGUGGGCAGUACCAAUAGGAGCACAGCAUUGGAUGUGCAGUUCGGUCCUCUUCUCCUCUCUCCACCUGAGCCAGUGGCUGUAGAUGUGGGAGAAGAUGCCUCUUUCACCUGCGCCUGGAAAGGAAACCCUCCUCCACGAGUGACAUGGACACGCCGGGGAGGGACGAAGGUGAGCGAUGGAGGGCUGGAGGCAGAAGCUUUGGAUUUAGCUCAUGCCCUCCUUCCCAUUUCCCCUAAUGACCUUUUCCCCAUGCGUCCCCAGAUCCUGGGCUCAGGACCCACGUUGCGUCUGGUGUCCGUGGGGCCGGGGGACGCCGGAAAUUACGAGUGUCACGCAGAGCCGGGACCCUCAGGAGUAGGGGGCGGCCUAGGAGAGGCAACCCUGACUGUGCAUGGCCCCCCAGCAGUGACUGCCCUGCAUUCGCCCCCUGCUGCUCUGGGAGCCCCUGCCCGACUGGAGUGCUUAGUGCUCGCAUCUCCAGCACCCGAUGCCGUGGUGAGGUUUCCUAAUCGAUCCCAUUUCCCUCUUUUCCGAGGCAUCCUCCUGGGCCUCCACACCCCCGACCCCCAGUCUCGUCUCCCCAGCGCCGAACCUUUCCCUGUUCUCUUCUCCCCCCAGGUCUGGUCCUGGGGCGAGGGCACACUCGCCUCGGGUUCUCGAGGCCGCUUCCUAGUAGAGACGUUCCCCGCCCCAGGGGCCACGGGGAGUGGGGGACGGGGGUUGGUCUCGGUGCUCCACAUCUCGGGGACUCGGGAACCAGACUUCGCCCGAGACUUCAACUGCAGCGCUCGCAACCGGCUGGGGGAGGCAGGAGCCCGGGCUCGGCUGACCCGCACUGACCCACUGCCGCUGGUGCGGAUCGUGGCCGGAGGGGCCGCAGCGGCUACUGCCUUACUACUACUGCUCAUCGCGGGGGGCGCCCGCUGCUGCUGGCGCCGAGGCCGAGGUCAAGCGAAGAUCUCCAAGCGGGACAUACUGGUGCAAAUCACCGACAGCGAUGGUUCCAGCCCUCGGGCCCCCGAGGAAGAGGAGGAGGGGAGCCAGGAAAACCAGGUCCCCAGCAGCGAGUCCACUGGCACUUCCCACACCAAGCACAGCGACGUCGCGGGUGAUGAGGAGGCGGGGCCAGAGUCCAAGGAUCCCACUAAUGGCUACUAUAAAGUUCGAGGUGUGAGUGUGAGCCAGGACACUGGAGCUGCCCUGUUCUCCUCUCCAGCAUCCCCGGCCUUCCCUGCCAGCCCUUCUGGGUUCUAUGAUCUUGCCCCUCACUUGGCUGUAUUCCCCCCAGACCUAGGUGGUCUCUAUAGGCACCGGGAGGGUUACCUCACCACUCCAUACACCCGUGCUUUCACCAACUAUGUCAAAUCCACACCCCAUGGGACCCCUGACCCAGCUCCCGGGCGUCCUCCCUUUUCCUACACUGUCCUCCCUGUUCCUGGCCACCAGCGCCUUCAGACCCAUGUGUGACCUGCCCCUCAGACUGAUAGCUGGUCACUCACUCCAGCCGAUGGAAGGCCUUUGUAAAGUCUCCGGUCCUUUCUUGUGUGAUGAACUGGUCCAGUCGUUGGACUGCCAAGAAGAUUUCCCCCUCAAGAUAGCAACCCAAGUCUGGGAAUGGGGGAGGGGGAGGAGGAACAAGACUUUGAUGGACAUCUGGCCCAGCAAAUGGAAAAGGCCAAAGUGUAAACAUGCCUACCAGUUCACUUUAGUCAAGAGAACUCAAAAGUGGCACACGAGCUAGGGUGGGCUCCCUGGAAGGGGAAGCGUACAGGGUAGUGGCAAUGAUGGAAUCAAGGACAUACCAAUAGAGGGGGAGAAAAAAGUCAUUCCUGGCCCAGGAAGCAGAUUCAUGAUGGUGUGAGGACCAGGAACUGAUGGUCCUCCCUUACCUGGUAGAUGCUCAAUCUCGUGGUGACUGUGCCAAGAUGGCUCCUGACACCAGGAAUCCAAGAUGGUGAACUUACGGUUGGCCACCCAGCCUUCUGUAAGGAAGGAGGGAAUUUGGGGCACAUUUCUUAGGGUGACCCCAUU